AAGGAGGAGUGCACUGGCCGGGAUCAGUGCGGCGCACACACUCACUCACACUCAGUCACUCUCUCCGAGCGCGUCUCGCUCUCUCACACACACAAGCCCGGAGCCCAGGAGCGCACAGGAUCCCGGGCGCCACGGAAAAGUUGCUCCGGGUUUUGCUUGAGACUAAUUGCUUUGGGAAGUGCAUUUGCUCCGUGGCUCCGCCGAGCCUGCGGGAUCCUGUCCUCACGGCUAAGAACCCCGGGAACGCAGGCCGCCUCCUCCUCUGUCUUCGGGACGGUCGGCAGCCUCGGCAACAAUAGCGGCGGCCGCUCCCAGCGAGGCGCCUGGAACCGGUGCCAUCGGGGGUCCGGAGACCCGAGCCGGCCUUCGACCCCCACAUUCGCGGCCAGCGUGGUCUCCGCGUGCAACGCGAGCGCGGAGAAGCAGCUCCCGCUUUGCCCCUCGUGGGGGCYGAGCCAAGCCGGAUCUGCAGACUCCAUCCCGCGGGCUGGAAGGAGUCGCAGCGCCGGCGUCAACCCCGAAGCACCUUCCUGAGCAGAGCAGGGGACGUACGAAGCCGGGGCCGCCCURGCCGCGGACGCGAUGAGGGUUGGCCCCGUGCGCUCUGCCAUGAGCGGCGCCUCRCAGCCCCGCGGUCCGGCCCUGCUCCUCCCGGCCACUCGGGGCAACCCAGCCAAACGCCUGCUGGACGCCGACGACGCGGCGGCGGUGGCUGCCAAGUGCCCGCGCCUCUCGGAGUGCUCCAGUCCCCCGGACUACCUCAGCCCCCCCGGCUCGCCCUGCAGCCCACAGCCCCCUCCUACCGCUCCAGGGGCCGGCGGCGGCUCCGGGAGCGCACCGGGGCCCAGCCGCAUAGCCGACUACCUGCUGCUGCCCCUAGCCGAGCGCGAGCAUGUGUCCCGGGCGCUUUGCAUCCACACCGGCCGCGAGCUGCGCUGCAAGGUGUUUCCCAUUAAACACUACCAGGACAAAAUCAGGCCUUACAUCCAGCUGCCAUCGCACARAAACAUCACUGGCAUCGUGGAAGUGAUCCUUGGGGAAACCAAGGCCUAUGUGUUCUUUGAGAGAGACUUUGGGGACAUGCACUCCUAUGUGCGAAGCCGGAAGAGGCUGCGGGAAGAGGAGGCUGCCCGGCUCUUCAAGCAGAUUGUGUCCGCCGUGGCCCACUGCCACCAGUCGGCUAUUGUGCUGGGGGACCUGAAGCUUAGGAAGUUCGUCUUCUCCACGGGGGAGAGAACCCAGCUCAGACUCGAAAGUCUGGAAGAUACGCACAUCAUCAAGGGCGAAGAUGAUGCUUUGUCAGACAAGCAUGGCUGCCCAGCUUACGUGAGCCCCGAGAUCCUCAGCCAUCCUUCUCCGGCUGGUGAACGGCCACCGUUCGCCAAGACGGAGGCCAAGAGCAGCUUUAGGCACGAGAGCCCCAAAUCUGGAAGCAACACAGAUGCCAUCGACUGGUACCGUGGACCUGAAACGUCCCCCAAGGGCCCGGAGCUGGCCGUGUGCACCAUCACCAGCAUCAUUCUUGAGGGGCCAGCAGGGCCUGGACGAUGGCUGGAUCCUGGGGCAGACCCAUCUGGGUAG